AUGGGACAGUCUUCUUCCUUUCCCGAGGCUCCAGCGGAGCAUGGCCAUAGAGAAAUCUCAACCAGCCGCCGGUUCAGCUUCAAACAGAUGCCGAUUCUUUCCUCCUCGCCGGUUCAGCCCGACGAAGAACCCGACUUUUACGAGGAAGUCGCUCACGGACGAGACUACACUGCCGAUCUUCCCGACGAGUGUUUGGCCAGUAUUUUCCAUUUCCUCGGCUCCGGCGACCGGAAACAGAGUUCGCUAGUCUGCCACCGGUGGUUCCGAGUGGACGGCCAGAGCCGGCACCGCCUCUCUCUCAAGGCCCAAGCCGGGCUCCUCCCUUUCCUGCCUUCUCUCUUCGUUCGCUUCGACUCGGUCACGAAGCUCGCGCUUCGCUGCGAUCGCAAAUCGAUCAGCCUCGACGACGACGCUUUGGUCCUGAUCUCGAUCCGCUGCAAGAGCCUCACGCGGCUCAAGCUUCGUGGCUGCCGCGAAAUCACCGACCUUGGGAUGGCCUAUUUCGCGCAGAACUGUAAAGGCUUGAAGAAGCUAUCGUGCGGCUCGUGCAUGUUCGGUUCCAAAGCCAUGAACGCCGUCGUCGAGCACUGCACGGCGCUCGAGGAGCUCUCGGUGAAGCGGCUCCGUGGCGUCCAAGACGGCUCGGAGCCGAUCGGCGCAGAGAUGGCGUCGUCCUCGCUGAAAUCUAUAACCUUGAAGGAGAUACUUAAUGGACAGUGCUUUGGACCGCUUAUAGUCGGUUCAAAAAAUCUCAAGACUUUGAAGCUAAUCCGCUGUUUGGGGGAUUGGGAUAGGGUUUUGGAAAAGCUUGGAAAUGGAUAUCGGGGUUUGAUUGAAAUUCACCUAGAGAGGUUGCAAGUGACCGAUUUGGGGCUUUCGGGAAUUUCGAAAUGCUCGAAUUUGGAGGUCUUGCACAUUGUUAAGGCUCCUGAGUGUUCGAAUUUUGGUCUUAUUUGUGUUGCCGAACACUGUAAGCUACUGAGGAAGCUUCACAUUGAUGGAUGGAGGACAAAUAGGAUUGGGGAUGAGGGUUUGAUUGCCAUAGCUAAAGAGUGCCCAAACAUACAAGAGCUUGUUCUGAUUGGCGUCAAUCCCACCUCUUUGAGCUUGACGGCAAUAGCUUCCAAUUGCCAGAAGCUGGAAAGGUUGGCGCUUUGCGGUAGUGGCUCAAUUGGGGAUGCAGAGUUUGCUUGCAUUGCUGCGAAAUGCGUGGCGCUGAAGAAGCUUUGUAUCAAGGGGUGCCCAAUUUCCAAUGUCGGUCUUGAAAUGCUUGCUUGGGGUUGUCCUAGUUUGGCCAAGAUUAAGGUCAAGAAGUGCAGAGGAGUGAGCGGUGAGGCCGCAGAGUGGUUGCGAGAACGGAGAGGAUCCUUGACUGUGAAUUGGGAUGCUGGUGAAAUUGGAUCAAUCGAUCCUAGUGGCUGUGCAAGUGGAGCUGUAGAAAGCGGGAUGGAGUUUCAGAUGGAUCACGUAGCGGUUGCUAUUGCCCCAUCAAGUAGCAAUGGUCCAUUGGCAUUGUUUAGAACAAAGUUUGGGUUUUUUUCAGGUAGGAGCUUUGUUCCAUGCACAUUCAGAAGGUGGCCAGUUAGUGAGAGUAGUUCCAGUGGAAACUCGUAG